AUUGGAUCUGUCCCACUUUACUAUCCGUAGUACUUUGACAGCCUGUUCAAAAAGCAAAGCGAGUCUGUCUUGAGUUCCGUGAUUGAAUAGUCUAAACAUGGCUUUUCAGUGUCAACGGGAUUGCUACAUGCAAGAGUUUGUUACCUCAGUGGUAUCAUGCUCACCUGGAGAACUGAAACAGGAAGUCAGUGGAAAGAAAGAAACCAUCAAAGGCUUCAAUGUCAAACUCCAAGACACCAUACUGUUUCCAGAGGGAGGUGGUCAGCCAGAUGACCACGGGUUGAUAGGGGAUGUGGCAGUGUUGCGGGUGACCAGACAGGGGGUGGAGGCAGUGCACUUUGUGGGCUCUGCCCUGGAGGUGGGCAAGGAAGUGCUCCUGAAAGUGGAUUGGGAGCGGAGGUUUGACCACAUGCAGCAACACUCAGGCCAGCAUCUGGUCACAGCCUUGGCAGACUCCAUGUUUGGAUUCAAAACCACAUCCUGGGAGUUGGGCCGCCAGCGUAGCUCCAUAGAGCUAGACACUCCCUGUAUGAAGCCAGCCCAAGUGGAGGCCUUGGAGGCUGCAGUGAACGACAAGAUCCGUGCCCAGGUCCCCGUCACUGUGCAGCUGCUGUCCCUAGACGACCCUGCUGUGGAGCAGGUGAGGAGUCGUGGUCUCCCUGACGACCAUGCGGGGCCUGUCAGGAUCAUUGACAUCCAGGGUGUUGAUGCCAACAUGUGCUGUGGCACCCAUGUGUCCAACCUCAGUCACCUGCAGGUUAUUAAACUGCUGGGGACGGAGAAAGGAAAAAAGAACAAAACAAACUUGAUUUUCCUGGCAGGACACCGUGUUCUGAAGUAUGCUGAGAAAAGCUACAGCACAGAGCGCUCGCUUGUAUUUCUUCUAAAGACAGGGCCCGAUGACCACGUGGAGGCAGUCGACAAGCUACAGAAGUCUGUCAAGAUGCUACAGAAAGGUAACUUGGGCCUUCUGCGGGACAUGGCUGUCCUCAUAGCCCAGAACUUCAAGAGCAACCCACAGAGAAGCAACUUCUUCACCCUACACAAGAAAGAGGGUGACAAUGAGUUUAUGAACAUCAUAGCCAAUGAAAUAGGCACUGAGGAGACUUUGGUGUUCCUGACAGUUGGAGAGGAGAAAGGACCAGGGUUGUUCCUCCUGGCUGGACCCAAUGACAUGGUGACUGAGCUGGGAGCACGGGUGCUGGAGAUGCUCCAGGGUAAAGGAGCAGGGAAGAACGGCCGCUUCCAGGGUAAAGCCAACAGCCUGGCAGGGAGAGGGGAGGUGGAGGCCUUGCUACAGGAGCGCUGCAGACGGCCCGCCGCAGGGGAGGAGUGACCUGGCACGGAGGACCAGAGAGGGCACAGCCACUUGUUCCGACCAAUAAACGGAUAUUAGAUCAUUGGUAGAGUAAAAAGCUGCUGUGCCUAACUUACCUCGGAUGUUAAAUGUUAAGAUUUUAAGGUUUUUGUGGUAACCACAAAAUGUAAUGUAGCGAAAUGGAAAUAAUAUGUACAAAAAUUGUACUUUUUUCCUGAUGUCAAGACUUCAGCUUUUACAGUUUCAGACUGUAAAAAUAAGACCAUUUCAUAAGUUAUUCUCUGGUCUGCUCAUCAUUCUUCAUUUCUACUUACAGUCUUCUUUUACAUUGUGUUGUUUGUUAAUUACAUAACAGUUAUGUUCCCACCAUCAUGUUCACUAGAUCUGAUGCUCAGAACAUGAAGUUCAGUCCUUAACCAAAUGAGGAUCAGGACACAGUAAAAAAAAACACUCUGUCAAAUAUUGAAUGUCCAACCACAUAUGUGAACUAGGUAACCAUAAACACGUAUUAACACUUCUAUCUGAAGUGUUGUGAAGUAGGACAACGUUUUUUUGUCGCCAGGUGCCAUGGUGAAUCCUAGUAUUGGAGCUCCAUUGAUGUUGGCUUUCAAUAGUUCUCAUGCCCGCGCUUAACUCAGAGUGGACGUACUCCGAGUUGAUUUAACAAAUUCAAAUCAGCUUUUCUGGAACCGAAAAGUCACAUUUGAGGGUAAAUCAACUCAGAGUUCAGGGUUAGGUUCACAGUUUGUUGAACCUGCUGUCUGGAAUACCCCCCUGAUGCUCAGAACAUGAAGUUCAGUCCUUAACCAAAUGAGAAUCAGGACACAGUGUAAAAAAAACACUCAAAUACCCGGAAUUAUCAGGUCCUGUUGUCUCAAAGAAAACAGUAAGUAAUACAACCAUGACCU